CGGUUGCCUAGGCGACGGGCCCGCGCACAGGCCCGCCCCUUCCGGCCGAGGCUCCGCCCCGGGGGCGUGGCCUCGCCCCGCCUUUGUCCGCGCGGCGCGGGGCUGCGCUCCGGCUAGUGCAUCUUGGCCGCCCCGCGCCCGCUCCGCUCCGCUCCGCUUCCCGCGCCGACCCGCUCCCUGCGGUGGGCGGGCGCCUGGGCGCCGCUCGGACCCGGCCGGUUCGUCCGGCCCGCCUCGUCACGGCUCCGCAGCUCCGCGCCCGGCGGCGCUCUGCCUCUCUUCCUCUUGCUAAGGUGCACGGUUCGGCCUGGCCGCCGGGAUUGCCCCGCUGCCAUCCCGGUCUCACCGCUUACGCGUAAAGCGGUUACACCGCCGCUCAGGCCGGCGCGCGUUCCGGGGUUCGGAUUCGGGAUGUGCAGCGAAACGAUCUUGUGACAACCGAGACCACUGGGAAUUUUUAAGUGACUGUAUGUAAUCCAGUGACAUUUGGACCAGUCCAAUUUCUGUGAUCUAGAUGAUUAUCCGCAGUGGGUCUGAUUCCGGCGAUCUGUAGGGCAUCUUGUCGUAGGGAGGCCAGUACAGCAAAUGAGACUAAAUGGAGCUGUUCUGUCUUUGGAAAUGGAUUCUUCACAUUGGAACGUUGCUGCGGUGAUAGACGACGAGUAAUAUUUACACUUGGAAGUAAAUGGAUUUGAUCUUCACUGUUAAACCUCCUCUUCCCCCACCUACAGAAGGAGAACGUUCACUUUGAUGUUUGGGAAAGUGGUUAUUUUACUGACAGAUUCUCACUUCUUCCAGUCUCGGCUCAGUUAAAAGCAAAUGAUGAGUAAAGUUUCAUUUCAUUUCAUACAAUAAAAUUUAUUGGCCACUAGUCUGCACAAAAGACUAACACUAUGACAUUAUGUGGAAAUGAGACGGAAUAGAACAGAAAGAAGGCACAAAGGUAUAGCUGUGGACCAACUGUCUACGAUCAUGCACACCUUGGCCAUGCUUGAGUCUCAAGAUGAAUGAAGGGCAUAAUGAUAAUAAUGGUAAUAAUAGCCCGUGCUCGCUGGAAAGUGUGCUGCACAGACACUGAGAUCACAUCCAGUAACCCUGUGGGACAGCGGAAUUUUGCCCAGUUUAUCAAUGAGCAGCCUGAGACCUGAAAAGUUCCUAUGUUAGAUUUGAUAUAAUUCGAAGGAUCCUAACCAGGGUUUUUGGCUGCAACAUCAUCAUGGUGAUGGGAAUUACAGACGUGGAUGACAAAAUAAUCAGAAGAGCCCGUGAGAUGAACGUGUCACCCACUUCCCUCGCCAACCUUUACGAGGAAGAUUUUAAACAAGAUAUGGCGGCCUUGAAGAUCCUCCCACCAACAGUGUACUUGAGGGUAACUGAAAAUAUUCCUCAGAUAAUUUCUUUCAUUGAAGGAAUAAUCGCUAAAGGCCAUGCCUACUCAACAGCAAAAGGCAACGUCUACUUCGAUCUGCAGUCCAGAGGAGACAAGUACGGCAAGCUGGUGGGUGUGGCCCCCGGCCCGGUUGGAGAGCCAGUUGAGUCUGACAAGCGGCAUGCCAGCGACUUUGCCCUGUGGAAGGCGGCUAAGCCCCAGGAGAUGUUUUGGGCCUCUCCAUGGGGAAAUGGAAGACCUGGCUGGCACAUCGAAUGUUCUACCAUCUCAAGUUUGGUGUUUGGGAGUCAGCUGGAUAUCCACUCAGGAGGGAUAGAUCUGGCUUUUCCGCAUCACGAAAACGAGAUCGCGCAGUGUGAGGUCUUCCAUCAGUGCAAGCAAUGGGGAAAUUAUUUCCUACAUUCUGGGCAUUUGCACGUGAAAGGCAAGGAAGAAAAAAUGUCCAAAUCACUGAAAAACUACAUCACUAUUAAGGACUUCCUGAAGACGGCUUCACCCGACGUCUUCCGGCUCUUCUGCAUGCGGAGCAGCUACAGGUCAGGUGAGCUCAGGCACGGAGCUCAGGGCAUGGCCCGGCGUCCGCUCGGCGUGGCCCCGAGAGUCUGGUGGCGUUUGGGGCUGCCGGCAUCCGCCAUUGACUACAGCGACGGCGCCGUGCUGGAAGCCAAGCACCUGCUCCUGGCCGCCACCGCCUUCGUCGAGGACGCGCGGGCCUACAUGCGGGGGCAGCUGGCGUGCGGCCCCAUUGGGGAGGACGUGCUGUGGGAGAGGCUCAGCCACACCAAGGGGGCUGUGAAGGCUGCCCUGGCGGACGACUUUGACACGCCUGGGGCUGUGGACGCCGUCAUGGACCUCAUUCACCAUGGGAACAGACAGCUCAAGGCAGUCACCAAGGAGCCUGGUGGUCCUAGGAGUCCCGCUGUGUUCGGCUCCAUCGUGUCCUACAUUGAGCAGUUUUUUGAGACUGUGGGGAUUUCUCUGGCAGACCGACAGUUUGUUUCAGGGGACAGCGGCUCAGCCACUCUGCACAGCGUGGUGGAGGAGCUGGUCCGGUUCCGGCUCAAGGUCCGGCAGUUCGCCCUGGCCACGGGGGAGGCCACCAGGGAGGCCCGGCGGCAGCAGCUCCUGGAGAGGCAGCCCUUGCUGGAAGCAUGUGACACCCUGCGCCAGGACCUGGUCGCCCAUGGCAUCAGCAUCAAGGACAGGAGCAGCACAUCCACAUGGGAACUGCUGGGUCAGAGGGCGCAAGACCACAAACCAGGCAGCUGAGGACGUGUUCUGUGCCUGCUUAUGACAUGAUACAAGCUUUAUAUUAAAGUUCCCCAUCAUGGCUGUUUAGUCAACAGUAAAAUAAACUGAUAAUUAGAACUAUG